AUGGGUCUCAUCGCGUGGGGCACCGAGCUCGCGACGCGGUGGGGCUGGGUCCGCGAGGCAUCGCGCGAGGAACGCCCGCGCACCUGCGUCUUCUGCGAGAAGAUCGGACGACAGCGCGCGGGUGUCGACGACGGGACGUUCGUGCACGAGGACGACGAGCUGGUGGUGUUCCGGGACUGGCGACCGGCGGCGCGGAGGCACUAUCUGGUCUGUCCCAGAGCGCACGUCGCGUCCGCGAGUGCGCUGCGACCCGCGGACGCCGCCCUCGCGCGUCGCAUGCUCGAGCUUGGAAAGGAGUGCGUGGCGAGAGACUUCCCGGAUGAACCCGACCUGGAGACGCGGUUCGGGUACCACAUACCGCCGUUCAACAGCGUGGACCACCUGCACAUGCACGCGUUCGCGCUCCCGUUCACGCCGCCGUGGAAGGAGCGGAAGUACUCCGUGGAGCCGUGGGCGAGGUUCGCAUUCAAGCCGGCGGAGGAGCUGGCGGCGGAGCUGGAGGCGGCGGCGGCGGCGGGGGCGGGGGGUGAGGGGCAAGACGGCGCCGACGGGGAUAAUACCUCGCGGCUGUAG